AUGGGUAACUCGACUUGUUGUCUCCGGAAUAAUGGUACAGUGCCGAGAGACGAAAAGAACUACGCAUAUGAAGGACAAUACACUAGAAACAAUCAGGUGGAGUUCCAAUAUGUAAAUCAGUCCUUUCCUCGCGAUGAAACAUCCACAAACUUCCUACCACAUAUCAGUGAAAGAGAGGUUCCUGAAGGUGACAUUGGAGAAGAAGACCCAUCCACUCAUCCUACGGCUCGCCCAACAUUUAUGGAACGAAGUAAAAGUGAAAUGAAAUUAAAAGACAAUCGUCGAUCUUGCUACAUGCUCGACGCUGUGGCUGGUGGUGGCAGUUUCCCUGGUGUGCUUCCGAAAAGUUUGCGGAAAUCAAGUAGCUGUAGUACUAUUUAUAUGGACGAUUCUACAAUUAGUCAACCAAAUUUGAAAAACACAAUCAAGUGUAUAUCAUUGGCUAUAUACUAUCAUAUUGCCAAUCGAAAGAAUCGUUCGCAUGAGAGAUUGAUGGAGAUUUUUGAGGAGCGUCUUCAUCCCAUUACUCGCGAAGCUUUACCACCUGAGCUGAUGACCAAAGAUCCGGACCAUAGGCAAAUUUACCGAUUCGUUCGUACAUUAUUCCACUCAGCUCAGUUGACUGCUGAGUGCGCUAUUAUAACCUUGGUAAGUGCAACUAAUGCCUUCACUCUCCUUGGAACACUGUCUACAUCACUCCUUCAGGUAUACAUAGAACGCCUGUUAAAUUAUGCUGAAAUGGAUCUAUGUCCUUCGAACUGGCGAAGAGUCGUUUUGGGAGCAAUUAUGUUGGCGUCAAAGGUUUGGGACGAUCAAGCUGUAUGGAACGUCGACUACUGUCAAAUAUUGCGAGACACCAAUGUGGACGACAUGUGGGUUACUUCUACCUUUACCUUUUUUUAA